AACAUUUUGCUAUCAACAACAUAUCACAACCCAAAUUUCGAUUUCCUUACUAAUAGACAGUAUAGUGAGUUAGUGACAUUUGCCGCCGACGAAUACUUGUUAUAUCCGGCAUCACCUUCUUCCUCCUCCUCCCUUCCUGAGAUUCUCUUCAUCUCAAGAAAAUGGAGUAUCAACGCCAUUACUAGUCACUGCUUACUGUUCACUGUUCACUGCUCACUGCUCACUGCUCACUGCUCACUCUACAAUUAUGCUCAGCCGAAUGCGACCAUGUCGCUUUUCAUCGCUCCUCUCUCGCCGUCAACCUCAUCCUCAACCUCAAUUUGUCUCCCAUGUUGUUCUUUGUUCCGAUGAUUCUAACUCUUCUUCUACUCCUUCUAAAUCUGUUGUUGAACAAGGGUUUUCCAGAACUACUUCUAACACUAUUUCUACCACAUUUUUGAAAGGGUUAUUAGUUUUGAAAUCCGACGAUAAGGGUUCUUCUCAUUUUAACCAUUAUCAUCAUCUUUCUUUUCGUCGCCAUUUUUUAACUCGAACUAAGGAACUUAAACCCAUUGAAGUUAAUGAUCAACACAGUCAAAGAGCUGUCACAACAGCAUUAUGGUGCAAUUUUCUUGUAUUUUCACUCAAAUUUGGGGUUUGGUUGACGACCUCUAGCCAUGUUAUGUUGGCUGAAGUUAUACAUUCUGUUGCAGAUUUUGCCAAUCAGGCGCUUCUUGCAUAUGGUUUGAGUAGUUCAAGGCGUGGACCAGAUGCUAUUCAUCCCUAUGGCUACUCGAAGGAAAGAUUUGUUUGGUCUUUGAUAUCCGCUGUUGGAAUAUUCUGCCUAGGUUCAGGUGCUACUAUAGUUCAUGGAUUUCAACACUUGUGGGACUCACAGCCCCCAGAACACAUGCAAUAUGCUGCCUUUGUGAUUGGUGGUUCCUUUCUUAUUGAAGGUGCUUCUCUAGUUGUUGCAAUACAUGCUGUAAGAAAAGGUGCUGCUGCAGAGGGAAUGAAGCUUAGAGACUACAUUUGGCGUGGACAUGAUCCAACUGCUGUUGCUGUUAUGACUGAGGAUGGUGCUGCAGUUACUGGCCUAGCUAUUGCUGCUGCAUCAUUGAUGGCUGUCAAGGCCACUGGGAACCCAAUUUAUGACCCUAUUGGCUCAAUUAUUGUUGGGAACCUGCUUGGAAUGGUUGCCAUAUUCUUGAUCCAACGAAAUCGUCAUGCUUUGAUUGGAAGCGCUAUUGAUGAUCAAGAUAUGCAAAAGAUUUUGGAGUUUCUGAAAAAUGAUCCGGUUGUAGAUGCAGUGUAUGACUGCAAAAGUGAGGUGAUUGGACCGGGUUUUUUCAGAUUUAAGGCAGAAAUUGAUUUCAAUGGUGUUGUGCUUGUCCAAAACUAUAUUAAUCGUGCUGGGCGUGAAGCUUGGGCUAAACAGUUUCGGGAUGCUACGAAAGGUGAAGAUGAUACUGAAGUGCUCAAGGUUAUGUCAAACUACGGUGAGGAAAUUGUAACAGCUCUUGGAAGUGAAGUAGAUAGGCUUGAGACGGAGAUUCGGAAACUAGUUCCUGGGAUACGACAUGUUGACAUUGAAGUUUACAACCCAAACGUCCCUUCAUCUUGAUAUAUUUGUUUCGCUCAUUCAUACUUGCUAUAAGCUCUAGCCAUUUUGCUAUGUAAUUACCGAAAAAAUUGCUUAAUUUGAGAACUUGUGUACAUAACGCACGGGAUUUAUGUAUAUCACUUUUUGCUAGCAAUUGACUCGAACUUGUAUCCCAUGAUUAUUAGUAUUGGUUGUGAAUUCGAUUGAUAAGAACUAGGUAAUAGUGUGAUACAAACUCAAUUCUGCGGCUCUCUUGUUCGGUGCAAUGCUAACUGCGUUGGAGAACUAUGUAAUGACUCGUAGAGAAUUUUUACGUCUUUUCAAGAGAAAUCUGAGCUAAUUAUACUGACGUUUUUGGAAAUGCUUAGAUUUGUCGUUUGUUCUCUUCGUA